AUGAGCCAGGAUCCCGCGGAGCAAAACAUUCAGAUGUGGAAGGUCAAGAAGCUCAUCAAGAGCCUCGACGCCGCCAGAGGAGCUGGCACUUCCAUGAUCUCCCUCAUCAUCCCUCCAAAGGCACCACAGGACCAAAUCUCCCGGGUCUCCGCCAUGCUGACGCAGGAGUACGGAACGGCGUCGAACAUCAAGUCUCGCGUCAACAGGCUGUCUGUGCUCGCUGCCAUCACAUCGACCCAGCAGCGCCUCAAGCUUUACAACCGUGUCCCUCCGAACGGUCUCGUGCUGUUCGUCGGAACGAUCCUCACGGACGAAGGCAAGGAGAAGAAGGUCUCCUUCGAUUUCGAGCCCCACAAACCCAUCAAUACUUCCUUGUACCUGUGCGACAACAAGUUCCACACCGAAGCUCUGCAGGAACUCUUGGAGUCCGACUCCAAGUUCGGCUUCAUUGUAAUGGACGGAAACGGCACUCUCUUCGGUACCGUCGCCGGAAACACGCGCGAGGUCAUCCACAAGUUCACUGUCGACCUUCCCAAGAAGCAUGGCCGCGGUGGUCAGUCCGCCCUUCGUUUCGCCCGUCUGCGUGACGAGAAGCGGCAUAAUUACGUCCGCAAAGUCGCCGAACUGGCCGUUCAGCACUACAUCACGAACGACAAGGUCAACGUCACUGGUAUCGUCCUCGCGGGUAGCGCCGACUUCAAGACGGAGCUUGGUCAGAGUGAUAUGUUCGACCCGCGUCUAGGGGCAAAGGUCAUCAAGGUGGUGGACGUGAGCUACGGUGGCGAGAAUGGUUUCAACCAGGCUAUCGAGCUGGCUGCCGAGGCGCUCUCGAACGUUAAGUUCGUCCAGGAGAAGAAGCUUAUCCAGAAGUACUUCGAUGAGAUCAGCCAGGACACCGGAAAGUACUGUUUCGGUAUUGAAGACACGCUCAAGGCACUGGAGCUCGGUUCCGUCGAGACCCUCAUCGUUUGGGAGAACCUCGACAUCACGCGCUACCUGCUCCGGAAUGCUGCCGGAGAGGAGAUCGUCGUGUUCGCGAACAAGGAGCAGGAGAAGGACAGGGAGCGGUUCAUGGACAAGUCGACCGGGCUCGAGAUGGAGAAGACCGAGGACCCACAGUCGCUGCUCGAGUGGUUCGCGGAGAAAUACAAGGAUUUCGGCGCGAACCUCGAGUUCGUCACCAACCGCUCCCAGGAGGGUGCCCAGUUCGUCAAGGGCUUUGGCGGCAUUGGCGGCCUCCUUCGCUACAAGGUCGACUUCACGAACCUCCAGACCGUGGACGACGAUGACGAGGACGAGUUCAUGUCGGACGACGAGGACCUCUGA